UCUUUUAAACCAUGUCUUCUUCCAUUUAAACCAUUCAUAUUUCGAUUUUCUUCUAUUCUGCGAUCCUUUCUUAAUUUGUAAUGGACUUGAUAGACCUUCUCAUCCUUUUUUCGUCACUUGUCUUUCUCCGUUUAUGGUGGCGAUACUGGUCCCAUACUGGCGGUGGAGCAAAGAAUCUACCCCCUGGUCCGCCGGGUUGGCCGCUUGUAGGCAACUUGUUCCAAGUUAUACUCCAACGCCGUCCCUUCAUCUUUAUAGUACGUGAUUUACGUGCAAAGUAUGGUCCUAUCUUCACCAUGCAAAUGGGUCAACGUACUCUUGUUAUAGUCACCAGCUCUGAGCUCAUCCAUGAAGCUCUUGUCCAGAGAGGCCCAAUCUUCGCAAGCCGACCACCUGACUCUCCAAUCAGACUGGUGUUCAGCGUUGGGAAAUGUGCCAUGAACUCUGCGGAAUACGGUCCUCUCUGGCGAACUCUUCGCCGGAACUUUGUCACUGAGGUGACAAGCCCGAUGAGAAUCAAGCAAUGCAGCUGGAUAAGACAAUGGGCAUCGGAGAAUCACAUGAAAAGGAUCAAAAGGGAGGCCCUUGAAAAUGGGUCUGUUGAGGUAAUGAACAACUGCAGGCUCUCUAUAUGCAGCAUCCUAAUAUGCAUUUGCUUUGGAGCAAGAAUCUCUGAGGAUAGGAUAAAGAAUAUAGAAAGCAUACUAAAAGAGGUUAUGCUAAUGACAACACUAAAGCUCCCAGAUUUCUUGCCGGUUCUUGCUCCUUUGUUUCGCAGGCAAAUGAAAGAAGCCAAGGAACUGAGGAAGAAACAGAUGGAGUGCUUGCUUCCAUUGAUAAGAAACAGAAGAGCUUUUGUGGAGAAAGGUGAAAACCCCAACUUAGAAAUGGUGAGUCCAGUUGGCGCCGCUUAUAUAGACUCGCUGUUUGAGCUGAAACCGGCUCCUAGAGGCCCAUUAGGAGAGCAAGAAUUUGUGACACUGUGCUCUGAGGUCAUUAGUGCUGGAACUGACACUAGUGCAACAAUCAUUGAAUGGGCGCUGCUUCAUUUGGUGCAGAACCAAGAGAUUCAAGACAAGUUGUACAAAGAAAUUGUUGGGUGUGUUGGCAAAGAAGGAUUGGUUAAAGAAGAGGAUGUUGAGAAAUUGCCUUAUCUUGGAGCUAUCGUUAAAGAAACUCUCCGGCGACACCCACCGAGCCACUUCUUGUUAUCUCAUGCCGCAACUAAGGAGACAGAACUUGGAGGCUAUACAAUUCCGGUGGGUGUUAACGUGGAGCUUUACACUGCAUGGGUGACUGAGGAUCCAGAUAUGUGGAAGGACCCGGGAGAAUUCCGACCUGAGAGAUUCUUGGAAGGUGAUGGUGUUGAUGUGGAUGUAACGGGAACUCGUGGGGUGAAGAUGGUGCCAUUUGGAGCCGGCCGGCGGAUUUGCCCGGCGUGGAGUCUGGGUACAUUACAUGUCCAAUUGAUGCUUGCUAGGAUGGUGCAUGCUUUCAAGUGGUUACCGGAUCCGGCUUCUCCACCCGACCCGACUGAAACUUUUGCAUUCACCGUUGUGAUGAAGAAUCCUUUAAAGGCUAUGGUCUUGCCAAGGUCAUGAAUUGAAAAGUUAGUAUUUCCAUGUAUGGCAUUUAAUUUUAAUUGUAUUAUCGAUUAUAAGGUUAAUUAGUAAUCAAAACUUAACUAGUCCAACAUUUUAUGUAAAAAAGUUUGCGUUCUUGCUUUCAAUUUGAACAG